UCUUUCUCCAUACCUAUACAUAGACAACCUAUAUUUAUAUUUGCAUUACAUUUUACCAUUUGUAUAAUAGAUAUAUUCAUAAGCUUGUUUUAUGGUACUGGGGCUCCCUAUUCAAGUCUAAAAUUCAAUAUAAAAGAGUAUUUUUUUUUGAAGUCCCAUUGAGGUAAACAGCCCAAAAAUCGAUGCUAUGCAUUCAUUUUUGAGAAGGGAACUUGUAAUAUGUACAGAGCUCUGGGUCGAAAUCGGCUCAUCUACCGGGCUCACGUAGCAUACUACGUUAAAACUGGCUUAGUUGAUCAGGCGAUCAGCUUCGACGAAAUGACUCAAUCAGAUUGCAGAGUUUUCAGCAUUGACUACAAUAGGUUUAUCGGCGUCUUGAUUGCCCAUUCACGUUUUAACUUAGCUGAACAUUAUUAUACUGAAAUGCAGCCGAAAGGUUUCUCCUUGAAUUCAUUUACAUAUUCGAGGUUCAUUUCUGGUUUGUGUAAAGUUAAGAACUUUGAGCUGAUUGAUAGGCUUUUAGUUGACAUGGAUAGGCUCGGUGUCGUACCGGAUAUUUGGGCGUGUAAUAUAUAUUUGAAUCUUUUAUGUAGUGAGAGUUUAGUGGAUUUUGCUUUAAAGGUUUUGAAAGCAAUGGGAGAAGGGAGGGAGCCUGAUCGGGUAAGCUAUACUAUAGCAAUUAAUGGGUCAUGUGGGGUUGGGAGGUUUGACGAUGCAGUUGAAUUGUGGCAUAUUAUGAUUAAGAAAGGCCUUAGUUUGGAUAAUAAGGCUUGUAGAGCACUUGUUUUAGGAUUGUGCCAAAAUGGGAAGGUUGAUUUGGCAUAUGAGCUUACAUUAGGACAAAUGAAAGACAAAGUUAAGUUUUCGACAGAGAUUUACAAUGCACUUAUUCAUGGGUUUUGUAGAGCUGGUAGGAUUGAUAAAGCACAAGCAAUAAAAAGGUUUAUGAAGAGAAAUGGUUGUGAGCCAGAUACAGUUACUUACAAUGUGCUUCUGAAUUUCUGUUGUGAUGAGGUUAUGUUGGCGGAAGCGGAGAAAUUAAUUGAAAAUAUGGAGAGCGGAAUGGAGCCUGAUAGUUAUAGCUAUAAUCAGCUUCUUAAGGGACUCUGCAAGGCCAAUAGAGUUGAUAAGGCUUACAAGUUGAUGUUGAAUAAGAUGGAGGCCAGAGGCAUGGUUGACGUUGUGACUUUUAACACUAUCAUUAGAUCAUUGUGCAAGGUUGGCCGCAGUAGGAGGGCUUACGCGCUACUAGACGAGAUGGGGCAAAAGGGAGUAAUACCUGAUGUUAUAACUUUUACAAUUCUUAUAGAAGCUUCUCUGAGAGAAGGUAAUUCUAGCAUAGCUAAAAAGCUUCUUGACCAGAUGACUGAGAUGGGCAUCAUACCAGAUCGAGUGUUGUAUACUGUAAUAAUUAAUCAUCUGUGCCAAAGUGAUAGUGUAGAAAGGGCUCAGAGUAUUUUCCGGGAUAUGAUUGCACAGGGUCUUGCCCCUGAUGUGGUUUGUUACAAUGCUCUCAUCAGAGGUUUCUGCAGAGCUUCUAGAGUUGAUGAAGCCAUGCAUUUAUACGAGGACAUGAAAACUAGAGGUUUGCAUCCAAAUGGGGUGACUUUCGGAUUGAUCAUUGGAGGUCUCCUACAGGAAAAAAAGAUUUCAUUGGCUUCUGCAGUAUGGGAUUGCAUGAUGGAGAAGGGUUUUACUCUUGACCACAAAUUGUCCAAUACCCUUAUCAAUGCCAUGCAUUCGAAGGACGCGUCCUAUAUGAAUAUCAGACAUGGUUGAGUUGUUAUAAGAUCCUGUGAGAGCUGUUAAGGAGCACCAUUGUAUGUCAGUCUGCGAAGCCAAAUGAUCUUCCUUGCACACUGCGGAAAGAGCUGAACGACAUGCUUUCUCAAAUUAAAGCACCAAAGACUGCGUACUGCAAGAUUUAAUGAUGCACAUAGAGGUGGAACCUCAGGUGCAGAUAUAUUUAUGUAGACUCUAACGGAGCUAAUGGCUACAAGAGAAAUGGAAAAGGCAACAUUUUCCAGGUUGCAAAUUAUGCUCAGGAGCGAGCUUGAAUCAGAAAGUGAAUUGCUGACAUAGCUCCUCUUCUUUACAGGGAACCUUUCAAGGUUGUACUGAUCAUAAAAGGUAUCAAUUUUAUGCAGGUGAUUUGUUGGACAUAAUCUCGAUUCUUGAAUAGGUUUGGACUACAAAGCGUUUGAAAAGGAGGCAUGUACGACUUAUAUGCCCUUGGCAUGAAAUGAUAGCGGAAGGUGCAAAAAGAUUAAGUAGACUCUAACGGUGCAAAUGGCUACAAGAUAGCAUUAAAGGGCGGGAUUUGAUCAUCUUGGAUGUUUGAUUUCUGAUCUAUUUCCUAACAAAGUACUGCCACAUAUAAUGCCAAUAUGGGUCAAGAUCUUUUUAAGUCGAGUGUGUCAAUGACCCUUAAUGUUUAUUAGAGAUUCUUUGAAAGAGCUCAGGGCACUGAUGGAUAUGAACAUUUGGAAAGAAAAGGAGGAGGACAAGAUGCAAGACUCUUGAGAAGUGGGGAAGCACGACAUUUUAAAGCAUGUAUGCUUCUGCCAAAAGAAAAAAGAUGUAUACCAGUCCUAAGAUUAGUGACUUGCAUGUAUGGAUCUUUAUCAUGUCUUACAUAGCAAUCUCUCGUGUUAAAGCUGGUAGUUGGAACAGAAUUAGAAACCUUUGAAGUGUUGGACCUUUUGGUUCAUGUUAUUUGGGGCGUUGGAAGUUGUAAAGGGUAGUUGAUGAUUCCUCGUAUGAUUUUUCUUUAAUCGAAGCUUUAAUUGCGUUUUCAGGUCCA